AUGGGCAGGCUGUUGAUCGCAGCACCUCGCUUUCCCCAGCAAGCCUCGCUCUCUUGGUUGUGCAGUUUGUCGCGAGGGCGGAAUGAUCCGAGCAGGGGUUCGACGGGAUCCUUCGUGUCUUGUUCAUUCUCUGGCCAGCCCGGUGAAGUGCCCGUCGCCAGCUACCCUCGUGCGCACUCCACCUGCCCACUGAAAAUCCCAACAUCAGGCAGAAGCUCCCCCGCGCUCCCCAGAGUAUCUCGGAAACACAGCACACUUCACGAACACUCUGGCGGCUACUGUCUGCCGUGCCGCCCCACCACUGGUACACAUCAACUUCUGGGCCCCGACUACGUUGGGACCGACCGUGUCCGCGCUCAUCCAGUCUUCUGGGUCCGUGAAGAACUGUACAUGCCUCCUACAAGGACAAGAGCCAGGAUGAAAGAAGCAACACAGGCCGGCAUCUCGGCCACCGUCCAACCCAAUCUGUUCGCUGAAGCACCACCGUCAGCAUCCAAGGAGACCAUUGUGACGAUACCAGCGCCUAAUUCUAGUCCUGAUACUUCGCCUACAUUCCAAUCGGUCAGCUCCAAAACGCCCACUCGCAGAGUGCUGCGAUUGAAAUGUCCACUCUGCACUGACUAUCCCGACGGCUUCCGCAGCGAACAUGAGUUGCGACGUCACACCAACCGUGUCCACAGAAAGAUACGCAAGGUCUGGAUGACAGUCGACACUUCGCCAGACAAGACCUUUCUUGCCAACUGUAAAGCGUGUCAGACUGGGAAAAGGUACAACGAGUGCUACAAUGCAGCCAGCCACCUCCGGCGCAUGCACUUCCAUCCUCAUAAGCGUGGCGAGAGGAAGAUGACUGCUGCCGAAGCUCGACGUGGUGGAAAACCCGGCGACCUGGAUCCUCCUAUGGAUAUCUUAAAGGCAAAUUGGCUGAGGGAGGUGGAUGAAGUUCUCGGGGACGACAACGAGCCCAUCGUGGAUGAUGCAGAGACCGUCACCAGGAGCCCGUCCCAGCUGUUACCACCGCCUCCACCACCCCCUCAGGUGCAAGUCCAUCCUCUGCAACCGCCUACGAUGAAAUCUUCCGAGGGGAAAGCGCCACCGACACCGACAACACCCUCAACCCGUUCGAUGGCGAUUGACAGUAUCGUAGACAAGAUGGAUGCGUCGGUGUACUCCCUUGCGAGUCUCGGGUGGUGGGCUUGUGCCCAAGGAUCAACACACAACAGAAACAUGGCCACAGAAGACCAAUGUAAGAUGCAGGAGGGGGGUUGGUAUGGACACUCUGGUGAGCUCCACAUUGCUUCAGACGUGUCCAUUGGCGCUGAUGGCGUUGGGGUCAAGUUGGCGGGAUGCUCUGACGUCCCCAAUCUGUCAAAUCUCUCUCGCAACCCUUCUCCUUCUCCCUCUCCCUCUCCACCCUCCUCUGCAAGCUGGAAGGCGUGUGCCUCAUAUCUCCUUUCUCCUUUGCGCGGCAUUGCCCAUCUUCGGACUGGAGAUACCGGUAAGACAGCUGAUGCUCGUUUUCCACAGUUGCACAAUGGACUGCCCCACUCCACCAUUUUGCACCCACAUUUGAAACCUUUGAAUGUCUCAUUCGCACAGCAGACCUGGAAGGGAUUUAUUCCAAACCUGCCAAAUUCUACAGUUUUCUCACAGAACAAUAUCUUCGCAGGGUCUCAGGGGAACUUUGGCUUGACUACCAGAAACACUACACGACAUGCUCCUGUUACAUGGGGACUCGUCCUCGAUAUGGCUUGUCAAUAUCUCGCCUUGCACACAACUCUCUCAUCAUUCGUUAGAGAUACAUGUGAAACUUGCCGCAUCGCUAUUACUGCCAGAAAUAUGGACAGAUCUAAAUAA